AUGCGUCCCCUCCACGUCCUCCUCCUUGGCCUCCUCCUCCUCCUCUCCCUGCGCGCGGCUCCGCGCCCGUGCUCCGCGGCCACCACCACUACCACUACCGACACGGUGUCCCCGGGCAAUGCGCUCACCGGCGCCGCCAGGCUCGUCUCCAACAACAGCAAGUUCGCGCUCGGCUUCUUCAAGACGGACAUCAAGUCCCCCGACACCUACCUCGGCAUAUGGUUCAACAAGGUCCCCAAGCUGACUCCGCUCUGGAGCGCCAACGGCGAGAGCCCCGUCGUUGACCCGGCCACACCGGAGCUCGCCAUCUCCGGCGACGGGAACCUGGUCAUCCGAGACCAGGCCACCAGGUCCGUCAUCUGGUCCACCCGCGCCAACAACACCAGCAACACCAACGCCACCGUCGCCGUGCUCCUCAGCAGCGGCAACCUCGUCCUGAGGAGCUCCUCAAACUCCUCCGACGUCUUCUGGCAGAGCUUCGACUACCCCACCGACACCCUCUUCGCGGGCGCCAAGAUCGGGUGGAACAAGCGCACCGGCCUCAACCGCCGCCUCGUGUCGAGGAAGAACGCGCUCGACCAGGCGCCCGGCCUCUACUCGCUGGAGAUGACGGAGGGCGACGGGGUCGGCCACCUCCUCUGGAACUCCACCGUCGCCUACUGGUCCAGCGGGGAGUGGAACGGCAACUACUUCGGCCUGGCGCCGGAGAUGAUCGGCGCCGUCAUGCCCAACUUCAGGUUCGUCAACAACGACGAGGAGAUCUACUUCAUGUACACGCUGCACGACGACACGGCGAUCGUGCACACCGCGCUGGAUGUCUCUGGCCGAGGGCUCGUGGGGUUCUGGCUGGACAGCAAGCAGGACUGGCUCAUCAAUUACAGGCAGCCUGUGGUUCAGUGCGACGUCUACGCGACCUGUGGGCCUUUCACGGUCUGCGACGACGCCGCGGACCCGGUCUGCAGCUGCAUGAGGGGUUUCUCGGUGAGAUCGCCCAGGGACUGGGAGCUCGGGGACCGAAGAGACGGGUGCGCGAGGAACACGCAGUUAGGCUGUGGAAGUAGUGAGACGAACAGGACAGCAGGUCUCACAGACAAGUUCUUUGCCGUGCAAGGCGUCAGGCUGCCUCAAGACGCGACGAAAGUGCAGGCUGCUACGAGUGGAGAUGACUGCUCAGAGAUCUGCUUGGGUGACUGCUCCUGCACUGCAUAUUCCCACUGGAAUGGAGACUGCUCUGUUUGGCAUGGGAAACUGUACAAUGUGAAACGGCAGUCUGAUGCUUCUUCUGAUGGCAAUGGGGAAACACUUCACAUCCGCCUUGCUGCAAAGGAGGUGGCGAGCGGUGUGGCAAGGAGGAAGAGAGGAAUCAGCGUUGGUGUUGCCACUGGUGUCGCUGUCGGUGCUAGCGCUGCCGCUUUGAUCCUGGUGGUCAUCCUUGGUCUGAUGAUUUGGAGGAGAAAAGGGAAGUGGUUUACUAGCACACUCGAAAAUCCUCAGGGUGGCAUCGGAAUCAUUGCGUUUCGACAUGUCGAUUUGCAGCGUACAACUAGAAACUUCUCAGAAAGGUUAGGAGGAGGCAGCUUUGGUUCUGUAUUCAAGGGGUACCUAGGUGACUCAGUUACCUUGGCAGUGAAAAGGCUUGACGGUGCCCAUCAAGGAGAGAAGCAGUUCAGAGCAGAAGUCAAUUCAGUUGGAAUCAUCCACCACAUCAAUCUGGUCAAGCUGAUCGGAUUCUGCUGCGAAGAUGAUAAGAGGCUGCUUGUGUAUGAAUACAUGCCAAAUCACUCUCUUGAUUUGCAUUUAUUCAAGGCUAAUGGUACAGUUUUGGAUUGGAAUCUCAGGUAUCAGAUAGCUAUUGGAGUUGCCAGAGGCCUAGCCUACUUGCACUCUGGUUGUCGGGAUUGCAUCAUACAUUGUGAUAUCAAGCCGGAGAACAUACUUCUCGAUGCAUCUUUUGUACCUAAGAUUGCAGAUUUUGGAAUGGCAAAGGUUCUGGGGAGAGAGUUUAGCAAUGCAAUCACUACAAUGAGAGGAACAAUUGGGUACCUCGCGCCUGAAUGGAUUGGUGGAACAGCUAUUACAUCUAAGGUCGAUGUAUACAGCUAUGGGAUGGUUUUAUUUGAAGUCAUAUCAGGAAGGAAGAACUCGAGUCCAGAGUACUUUGGGGAUGGGGAUUAUUCAAGCUUCUUCCCUAUGCAAGUUGCACGCAAGCUUCGCAGUGGAGAGGUUGGGAGUCUGGUGGAUGAAAAGCUGCACGGUGAUGUGAAUCUGAAUGAGGUUGAAAGGGUUUGCAAAGUUGCAUGUUGGUGCAUUCAGGAAAAUGAGUCUGCUCGACCGACCAUGGCCGAGGUGGUGCAGUUUCUUGAGGGUCUUUCUGAGCUCGGUAUGCCACCACUGCCAAGACUACUCAAUGCGGUCACAGGAGGGUCACCAACAUGA